AAAAUUCAGUUUUACAUUUUUCACUUCGUUGCUUAACAUCUAUUUUGAGAUAUCACAAUGUCCGGACGUGGCAAGCAAGGCGGAAAGGCCCGAGCCAAGGCUAAGACCCGAUCUUCUCGGGCCGGCCUCCAGUUCCCUGUGGGCCGAGUGCACCGCUUGCUCCGCAAGGGCAACUACUCCGAGCGAGUUGGGGCUGGCGCACCGGUGUAUCUGGCGGCGGUGCUGGAGUACCUGACUGCCGAGAUCUUGGAGCUGGCGGGCAAUGCGGCCCGCGACAACAAGAAGACCCGCAUUAUCCCCCGGCACCUGCAGCUGGCCAUCCGCAACGACGAGGAGCUAAACAAGCUGCUGGGUAAAGUCACAAUUGCUCAGGGCGGUGUCCUGCCCAACAUCCAGGCUGUAUUGCUCCCCAAGAAGACUGAGAGCCACCACAAGGCCAAGGGCAAGUAAAACGAGAAUUUGCAUAUUGACUUUUUACGGAGGCAAUCUUAACCAAAGGCUCUUUUCAGAGCCACCCAUGUAUUCAUCAAAAGGGCUCAUAUUUUUUUCCAUGUCAGCUAUUUUGCAGUUUUGUUUAGUAAUUCUUCUACCUGUAAGUGGGUGUCCUUACACUGUGCACCGUGAAACUAACCUUCCAUUUUAAAGUCGCCAUAAAAAUAGUUAAGCUAAUCGGCGGGGCGCGGUGGAUCACGCCUGU